AUGGCGGAACUGUGUGCAUGGCAGUGCCACAACGACUGCCCAAUGAAACUUAAGUGCACAAAAAAAUGCCACGAAAUGUGUGACCGGGAACCAUGCGACCAGCCCUGCCCAAAGAAGAUUAAGAAAUGCAACCACCCGUGCAUCGGUCUCUGCGGAGAACCGUGCCCUCCGAUAUGCAGAAUCUGCAACCCAGAAGAACUAGCCGAUCUCAAGAUCUACAAGAACGAAACCGACACGGAUGCCAGGUUUUUGUACCUACCAGACUGCGGGCACUGCAUCGAAGUGGAGGCCAUGGAUCGUCACAUGAACAUGGAAUCGGAAGAAAUCGGAAUGAAGAAAUGUCCCCGCUGUGACACGGUCAUCUGGUCGUCGGUGCGGUAUGGAAACACCAUUCGACAGCUUUACCGAGAUGUUGCCGCCGUGAAGCAGAAGGCCCUCGGCGACCCAAAGAAAUAUCAGGAUGACUUCCGCAAGUCUUUUCACAACUUCAAACAGCUGAGUGCGAGUCCCUUUCUGGAAUCCGAAUUCCAGGCGCUCCAAGCCAGCGCAAAGAGUAAAGUCGGACAGAUCGAGAGGUUCCGCAACGCUUCUUAUACUCCAAUUAUAAUAAAUGAGUUCGAGUUGGCGCUCUUCAAGAACCAGAAGGAAGUUUUGAGGAAGCUGGACGCUGCAGUGCAAGGUCACAGCGACGCUGUCCGGGCUCGGCUCGUUCGAAGAGCGAAGAUGAUCGCGGAUCGGGUGUUGUCGCGGACGAGGGGCUUCAACGACUGGGAACUGAAGGCCCUCGCGGGGGAGGUCGCGCGUCUGCAGCUCUUCGGUCUCUACUGGAAGCUUCAGGUGAUGGCAAGCGUUUUCACACGCCGUUUCUUUCGCAAAGAGAUAGCGGGAGCAGCAAGUCGUUUCCCCGAAGCCAUGGAACACAUUCGGAAAGCAGAGGUCCAUCUUCUCAGUCUAGAAAUAUUCACGGAUGCCAUGGUUGAAGAGGUGCGCAGGGAGUUGGAUGCUGCAUCUCGCAUCUGUGGAGAGUUAGGCAUCUCCAAACAAGAGCGAAUCACGAUUUUGCAGGCCAUGCACCUUGGACAAGGGCGCUGGUGUAAGUGUCCCAAUGGACACAUCUAUGCGAUCGGGGAGCGUGGGGGAGCCAUGCUGGAAUCCAAAUGCAACGAAUGCGGGGACAAGGAUCGGCGGAACUGACCAUUCGAAUGUCCAUCCUCGUCAGCUGUUUCACACAUCUCUCAGUUGGGAUAAAUCUAUCCUCUGUUGAUGCUCGCAGAAUACGGUUAUUUUCUGCAACCUUUCCAUACCUGCCCCUAGCAUGCAUUUCUUGAUUUUCUCUGCUUCGUGGUUUUUAUGGU